AGCAGCAGCAGGUCUCUCCAUCCAGGCGGAGGAGGAGCGCACUGGCACGCAGCCGUCUGGCGGGAAAGUGUGGUCCGGGUGGCGGGUGAUGGACGGCGGGUAGACGCGGCCAUGGCGGCGGACUCGUCCAGCGGCAGGAUCACCCCGGAGAUGUUGCAGGAGACGCUGCAGUAUUACAACCUGAGCCGGCAGGACUUCAUCAGCACCUACAAGAUCCAGCCUCUGGUGUACGUGCCCGAGCUGCCCCGCGGCGCCAAGACCGCCUUCGUGCUGAUGUACGCGCUCAUCUUCCUGCUGGCGCUGGCCGGAAACAGCCUGGUCAUCUGCGUGGUGGUGAAGAAGAGGGCCGUGCGCACAAGCACCGACGUCUUCAUCUGCUCGCUGGCCGUCAGCGACCUGCUCAUCACCUUCUUCUGCGUGCCCUUCACCCUGCUGCAGAACAUCUCCUCGGAGUGGUUCGGAGGCGUUCUGGUGUGCAAGACGGUUCCCUUCGUGCAGACCACGGCGGUGGUGACGGGCAUCCUCACCAUGACCUGCAUCGCCAUCGAGAGAUACCAGGGCAUCGUGUUCCCGCUACGAAUGAGGCGACAGUCCACGCCCAAAAGGGCGUACAAGAUGCUGGGGCUCGUGUGGAUGGCCUCAGUCGUCGUGGGUUCUCCGAUGCUUUUUGUGCAACAGCUGAAGGUGAAGUACGACUUUGUGUACGACCACCACCACGUGUGCUGCCAGGAGAUCUGGCGCUCGCUGACUCACAGGCAGGCGUACACCACCUUCAUCAUGGUGGCGCUGUUCCUGCUGCCCCUGGCCGCCAUGCUCUUCCUCUACACCCGCAUCGCCUUUGAGCUGUGGAUCCGCAAGAGGGUGGGCGACUCGUCCGUGCUCAACACCAUGAACGACCGCGAGCUGGUCAAGAUCUCCAGGAAAAAGAAGCGAGCCGUCAAGAUGAUGAUCACCAUCGUCCUGCUCUUCACCGUCUGCUGGGCACCUUUCCACACCGUCCACAUGCUCUUUGAAUACUACAACUUGGAGAACAAAUACGACGACGUGACGGUGAACAUGAUCAUCGCCGUGGUGCAGGCCAUCGGCUUCUUCAACAGCUUCAACAACCCCAUCGUGUACGCCUUCAUGAACGAGAACUUCCAGAAGAGCUGCGUCUCCACGCUGUCGCAGUGCAUGAGGAAGCACAGCAGCGCCGUGGCCGCCGCGCCCCCCCCUCCGCCUUCGCCGCCUAAAGCCGCCGUGCAGUUCAUCAGGCUGCAAACCCGAGAGGAAUUCCUGGAGGUCAAGGAAGGCGCGCAGCAGCAGCAGCAGCAGGCCAGGUCCGACAAAGGUCAAUCGAGUUCAUCGCGCGGCGAAAGCUCCUUGCCGUUGGUCGGUGAACAAAUCUCCACCAUUCAGACGGAGCUGGCGGCAAACUCUCAGGAGAAAUGAAGCUUUUUUUGCACUCUUUCCAAGGACAUUUGCUGCUGAAGGACGCGCACUUCAAAAGGAGGAUAAUUACAUACCAAUUUCUUCGCUGCCAAUUUUAUGUGAUAAAUAUAAUGGUGUCUGCUUUGUCUCAUGGAGGUCCAGAUCUGUUUUUUGUGCGCGGAUGCUUUUUUUUUUUUAACACAUUAAAAUGUGUACGGAUGUCUCUUGUCAAAGAGUGGAACUUUUCCAGGGUACAAAUUGUUGAGCCUUACCUUUUUAAAGACGUUCACGUGCUUUUAUUCCAUGAUAAAAAUAACACCAAUAGGAUAUGAUUUUAGUGCAAAUCCGUUGACGGGAUUUAAAUGCAUUAUCAACAUAAAUACAAAAACAGAUGUUGCUUUGGUAUAAAUAAUUUCAAACAAAAGCACUUCUCUGAUAUGAACACAUAUUCAGGCACUUAAAUACCAGGUGAAGUUGUGUUCUCCUCACCGUUUACGUGACGAGAGGAAUGUGGAAGUCGGCGUGAUCGAAGAGGAGCGGCCUUUUCAGCGGAGCAGGAUCUCUGUCGGCCUUGCGCAGGAGUUUAAAGAGCCCUGUGCCGAUGUUCAUUGGGAUGCCCAUGAUGAUGCACUCUGACACACCUGCAACACAAACAAUAUUACAAACAAGCACCAGGGAUGUCUGGAUCCCAUUUUUGGGCAUCAGAUCUGAUCCGGUUUCGAGUCCCGAUCAGAAAAUGUUUUAUAGCGAGUAACAUAAGUAAACACAAUAGCACAUUUUUUUUAAAACAAAUCUUACUUCAUUCAGAAUUUGCUAGUAUUGUUGUAAAUCAGAUAAUGUAUUAAUAAAUCUGUCUUUUUGAAUGCUAAAUACAAAUGAACAAAAAUAACAUUUUGCAAGAAAAAAAAUGGUUUUCAAACUUUUUUCAUCAACAGGCAGGUGAUUUUUCCGUCAAUAGUCGGGGAUCCGUCUUUUUUAUCAUUGUAAAAAUAUAAAAAUAGAUUUUCAGUUUUUCUUCGUUUUUCCAACCUACCGUGUGUUGUUUAAAUCUUGAUCCAUCUCUUUGCCAUACCUGCCAAUAACUACGGUUUUCCCGUAAUGAGUAGAGAUGUCCGAAAAGGGCUUAUUUGCCGAUAUCCGAUAUUAUCCAACUCUUUAAUUACCGAUUCCGAUAUCAACCGAUACUGAUAUAUACAGUCGUGGAAUUAACACAUUAUGAUGCCUAAUUUUGUUGCAUGCAUGAAACAAUGUAACAAGGUUUUCCAAAAUAAAUCAACUCAAGUUAUGGAAAAAAAUGCCAACAUAUUUAUUAUUGAAGUCACAAUGUGCAUUAUUUUUUUUAACAUGCCUUAAAACAGCAGCUUGGAAUUUGGGACAUGCUCUCCCUGAGAGAGAAUGAGGAGGUUGAGGUGGGUGGGGUUGUGAAGGGGGUGUAUAUUGUAGCGUUCCGGACGAGUUAGUGCUGCAAGGGGU